CGCGAUUGUGUAAGCAAUAAUAAUAGUAUCGCGUCAGUGACAUCUGACCAUGGAGACUUCGAGUGUAACGGUCGCUGCUGACUUAUCUGCUAAAAUCAUCGUACUAUGUUCCAAGUUCGUUAUCGACGUUGCUAAUGCUCGAGCCGAGAUCGAACGCCUCAAAGAACAACUGAAGAAUCUGGAGACGACUCUUCGCCAUGCCAAUCAUCUCCUCGAACAGCCAAACAGUCAAUUUCUAUCUGCAUCUCGAGAACUCGAUGACCCACUCCAGAGAUGCCAAGCCGAACUGCAGCGGCUGCAAGAUAAACUUGAGCCAAGUGCGACACGGAAGGCAAUGAGGCGGUUUGGUCUUCGCGCGGUGAAAUGGCCGUUCAAUAAGGGUGAAGUUGAAGUCGUUAUUGCUUCUCUUGUCGGUUACCGAGAGGCAAUUACAGCCAUCUUGCAGAUCGAUCAGACAAAGCUUCUUCUUGAUAUCAACGAAAGAAUCGAGAAAUUAUCUCUCCAAUCGGUCGAGAAUGGAUCGAGGGAUUGUGGACCAUAUUUCAUGAUACCUUUUCCCCGUGAUCCAGAUUUUGUGGAUCGGCCAGUCCUUCGGGAGUGGCUCGAGGAGCAGUACAACACAAAUCCGGCUCGUCGAAUAGCGCUGGUUGGCAUGGGUGGAUUUGGGAAGUCCCAGAUUGCCAUCGAAUUUGCCUAUAGAGUGCAUAUCGCUUCACCCGAAACAAGCGUAUUUUGGAUACAUGGCGGUACGGAGGCGAAAGUCGAAGAGUCCUACCGAUUGCUUGUAGACACACUCACAUUACCUGGCCGCCACGACCCAAAUGCCAACGUUCUUGCCCUUGUUCGCGAUUGGCUACAAAAAGCAGAGUCGUUCCCCUGGCUGAUUAUAUUGGACAAUGCUGAUGAAAUGGAGACGUUUUUCCCUCCCAGGAGCCAAAAUGGAGAAAAUCAACGAGAACCUUUAGCAUCUUUCUUGCCAAAAACAGGCAAUGGGAAAAUCGUUAUCACGUCGCGCAAUAGAAGCGUGGCAGAAAAAUUGACUGGCAGCCAUAAAACCAUCCAAGAGGUCCCCACAAUGAGUAGCCUUGAGGCUCUGAAGAUUCUUGAAAACAAAUUGAGUCAAGGCAUUGACCAAGACGCAGCUAUAGAUCUCGCUCGUGCCCUAGAUUUCAUUCCGCUUGCCGUGAACCAGGCGGCUGCAUAUAUCAACCGACGUGCACCUCGAGUCUCAAUUAGAUCAUAUCUUGAUAAAUUCCAGAAAAACGAAAAACAAAAAAAGAGUCUAUUGAAUAGAGAUGCUGGUGAUCUUCGGCGGCGUGAAGAUGUUUCGAAUUCUGUUGUGAUUACAUGGCAAGUUACCUUCGAACAGCUCCGACAAGAGAGGCCAACAGCAGCGAACCUGCUUCUCCUUAUGAGCUUCUUCCAACCACAAAAUAUUCCUGAAUUCAUGCUAUCGGGCUACAAUCUUGUUACGUCGGAUUGUGAAGAUGGCAAUAACGAUAAUGAUGAAGAUCUGGAGGAUGACUUGGAUGUUGUCCGGGGCUAUUCCCUUAUCAGACUAUCCACCACAUCGGGACUUUGUGAUAUGCAUGCUCUCGUGCAGUUCUGUACUAAAAUUUGGCUCUUGGAAUCUAAUGGGAACAAUUUUUCGCGAUUAAAAUCGCUAUUCUUGAGCCUCAGUACUAAGCACUUCCCUGGUGGGGAAUUUGAGACAUGGGCCAGAUGUCAGCUUUUACUGCCUCAUAUCAAGGCAUUAUUGGAUGAAGAACCUACAGAGCAACCUAGUAUUAUUAAUUGGGGUGGUCUGUUGGUAAAAGUCUCGCGGUAUAUGCUAAAGAUUGGGGAUCACUUCGCGGCCGAGAGCAUUGCUCGAAAAGCUCUUAACUCAAGAAAGAGGCUACUAAGGGGCGAGAAUCAUAACACGCUGAAUGCCAUGCUUAUACUAACAGCAACGUACUUUACACAAGGAAGACUUAAUGAAGCAGAAUUGCUACUUGUGGAGGGGAUAGAGAUGUGUAAGAUGAUAUGGGGAGACGAGCAUCCUAAGACAUUGAGCAGAAUGUCUAAGCUGGCAAAUCUAUAUCGAGUACAAGGCAGAUUCGGAGACGCGGAAUUGCUUGAGGUGCGAGUGAUAGAGACGUCAAAAAGGAUAUUAGGAGAUGAGCAUCCUAAGACAUUGAACAGAAUGUCCAAUCUGGCAAAACUAUAUCGAGCACAAGGCAGAUUUGGAGACGCGGAAUUGCUUGGGGUGCGAGUGGUAGAGAUUUCAAAAAGGAUAUUAGGAGAUGAGCACCCUGUGACACUGUCCAGCUUGUUUGCCCUGGCAUUUAUAUAUUUGAGUCAAGAACAGCUAGCAGAAGCGGAGUUGUUAGUGAUGCAUGGGAUAGAAGUAAGAAAAAAGUGGCUAGGAGACGAGCACCCUAGCAUGCUUCGUACUAUGGCUAUUCUAGCGCAUAUACUCCAAAAGCAAGGUCGAUUAAAAGAGGCAGAGUUGUUAGGUGUGCAGGUGCUAGACAUAAGAAAGAGGGUAUUGGGGGAUGAGAACCCUGACGUGCUUCGUACUAUGACUAUUCUAGCGCGUAUACUCCGAGAGCAAGGACGAUUAAAAGAGGCAGAGUCGUUAGGUAUGCAGGUAUUAGACACAGGCAAGAGGGUAUUAGGGGAUGAUCAUCCUGGCGUACUUGGUACUAUGUUCGACCUGGCUUUGACAUUCCAAAAGCAAGGCCGCUUGGACGAUGCACUGGUGAUAUUACACGACACUGUUUCUCGUAUGCAGCGCACCUUGGGCCCUGGUGCCACAUCUACUUUGAAAGCACUGGAGAUUCUCAGCCAAUGGGAACAAGAACAGAAGGUAAUUUCACACAGAGCUGUUUGA